UUCUGCCUUUUAAAGUAAACCAAUGAGUCUCUUCCUCUGUGAGGUGAAAGGACACAGAGCAAGCAAGCCAAGAUGACAACAUUGAGACCAUUUACUUGCGAUGAUUUAUUUAAAUUCAACAAUAUCAACCUGGACCCUUUGACAGAAACUUAUGGGAUCCCAUUUUACCUCCAGUACCUUGCCCACUGGCCGGAGUACUUCAUCGUUGCUGAGGCUCCCGGUGGUGAACUGAUGGGCUACAUCAUGGGGAAGGCGGAGGGAUCUGUGGCUCGGGAGGAGUGGCACGGUCAUGUCACCGCUCUGUCUGUGGCCCCUGAGUUCAGAAGACUCGGCCUCGCCGCCAAACUCAUGGAGAUGCUGGAGGAAAUCUCAGAGAGGAAGGGCGGAUUCUUCGUGGAUCUCUUCGUACGAGUCUCCAACCAAGUGGCGGUGAACAUGUACAAACGUCUGGGCUACAGCGUCUACAGGACGGUGAUCGAGUAUUACUCGGCUAGCAACGGAGAACCUGAUGAAGACGCAUACGAUAUGAGGAAAGCUCUGUCCAGAGACACAGAGAAGAAGUCGAUCAUCCCGCUGCCACAUCCUGUCAGACCAGAAGACAUUGAAUAACAGUAGACUGUGGCUCUCUGACGCUCUGCUGUGUGUCCUGAUAAUCACAUGUGAAUUAUAUGUAAUUACAGGUCUUGCUCGGUUACAUUGUACAUAGUUAAACUGCUCAUCAUUUCUCAGUGCUUAGUCAGAGAGCCACUGGUUGUACACAUUUUUAAUUUCCUAAUUGAUCGGAUACCCAUUCAUUUCCUGUAAAUUCUAAAUUAACUUUUGCUUAAGAAGUAAGACAACAAGCGAGUUUGAAUUGAUGUAUGUAUAAUGACACAGUGGCAAAGAAAACAUGGUCAUACAAUAAAGACUGCCUGUGA